CUGAGGAAGAAAAGGAACCGAAGUCAAAGCGUCCUUCAUUGUAUCAGCCUAACUUCCAGAGCCGGGCUGCUUUGUGAAAUUCUGCAACUCUUCACAGUCAGUCUGACUUUGACGCCUCAGUGGACGCUCUUAUUAUUCUUCGAAUAACUUAAAAAACAUACGCAAAAAAAAACAAAAAAAAACAACAAGAACAGUCUAACCAUGGUGCUGCCGACCCUCUGUCAAACUGCCUUCAUAGUGCUCCGGCAGAUAGAGCCGAUUCUGGUGAUGGAGCAGCUGGGCAGCACUCUCUUCGACACCGCCCUGCAGAUGGUGGUCAGGGACCGGAGUGCCAACGCCUCCUACCCCGAUAUCUCCAGGGAGGACAGCCAGCAGAAAGCCAUGUCGAACUUCUAUAUGACCUACCGACUCAUCAUCCUGGUGACUCCGAUCUUACCCGCGCUGCUCCUCGCCCGGUUAGGCGACCGCGGCUGGAGGAGAGCCCCCAUCGUGGUGCCAUUGAGCGGGUACCUGCUGUCCAGGCUCGCCCUGCUCCUGGUGGUCGUCUUCCGCCUCCCGCUGGAGGUGAUGUUCGGCGCAGCGGCUGUGUUCGGGCUGUCCGGCGGGUUCUGCGCCUACUGGCCCGGCGUGAUGGCGCUGGCGUCUAUAGGCUCCACGGCGACUGACCGGUCCAAGGUGAUGAUGAGAGUGGAGCUGCUGUAUGGGAUUGCAGGUCUGGUGGGCAGUUUGGUGUCGGGUCAUCUGUUCCAGCUGUAUAGCUCCAGUUUGGACCAUGGAACCAUCUUGCUCAUUGUGAGCACAUUGCUCCACCUGCUCAGCCUUAUACACUCCAUAGUCAUGCUGCAGGUGAAACAAGUCCCAAACAGAGAGCCAGAGGAGAACCGCCACCUCCUUUAUCACACAUCCAGAAAUGAUGCAGUGGAGGUCCCUGCUGGGAUCAACCUGCUGAACGUGGCUCUGCUGUUUGCGGCUGCCGUGCUGUACGACGUUGCCGUGGGUGGAGCUAUAGAAAUACUGGGUGUCUUUGUCCUGAAGCAGCCACUCAGUUGGAGUGCCACACAGGUGGGUUAUGGGAAUGCAGCAGGCUUCACGAUUUUCCUCACCAGUUUCCUGGGCGUCAUCAUGUUACGUCGCUACGUCAGCGACGUGAUGCUCGUCCUGAUUGGCAUGGUGUCAUUCGCCACUGGAAUUUACUUCAUGUCCUUUGUCACGGCAACCUACAUGUUCUAUCUCGCUCGCUCGCUCAACCUGUUUGCGCUCAUCCCGAUGCCAACUAUCAGAUCUCUGCUCUCACAGCAGGUUCCUGCAUCCUCAUGUGGCACCACUCUCACCUGCCUGCAGUUGGCUCUGAAGUUUGCCGGUCUGGCAUACAUCCCUGCCUUUACUAAGAUCUAUCAGAGAACUUUGGACUGGUUCCCAGGCUUCGUCUUCACGCUCUCCAGCAUCUUUACAGUCCUGGGAAUGAUACCCAUCAGUAUCGUCGGCUGUAGAUCACCUCAGAGGCGACAGUACGAGAGGAUUCCGGUAGACUGAUGGCACCGGCACCACCAGCAGUGAUUUAUAGAGGAGUGAGGACGGGAACUGAGACUUGAAAUGGGCAAAAGAAGAACGGUGUCUUAAAUCUCACUUCCCUUAAUGUUAAAACUAUAAACAGGAGUUCCUACAGGCCUCGGGCAGGUUUUUACGUUUGUGUCAGCGUUUUUUAUUAAAAAAACAGAAAUCCUCUAAUGCCCGUGCAGACGUGUGCAUGCACGGAGAGGAUUGCAUGAAGAUAUCACAACCCAGUUUGACAAAGACUUUUAAAUUGUUGAACUGUUGACAGAGAUGCAAGCAAACAUUAUCAACCAAGGGAUUUCAUCACCCAGUGAAAGUCAUAACAAAGCAAAUGUGAUUUCAAGAUAAUGUGGAUUUGUCUGACGUCAAAAGUCCCUUGUGAGCUCCACCUAAAGAAGGAGAACGGACUAAAAAUGACUGACUUCACCUAUUUAAACAUGGUUCCUGUUGUGAACUGGCUUAAAGUGGAUCAAAUACAGUUUUAGUGAUAAAGAAAUAUAAAGUUUGACAAUAUAAAUUUCCAGUAACAAUCUGCUGAUAUGUUAUAAGUGACAUAACUUUUUUACUGGGAAUAUGUACUUUGGCUUUUUUCUUUUUUUUCUGAAGUGCACACCAACAGUGAGUCGUCCGUAGACUUUGUUGCUGAAUUGUAGAUUUGACUGACUAGUAGUGAGAGUGUGGCCAAAAUAAGUCAUACCAACUGUUGCCUUUAGAAAAUAAAAACGCUUUGUAAAUAGAUUAAAAUAAAAAUAGAUGCACGUUACGUUUUUUGGAGAGCGACUAAAGUUACAUGCUGCAGGUCAGGAAAGGCUGUAUUGGUUAAGGAAAUUUUGUUGUUGAUAUUGGUGUUUUUAUCAUUUGUAUUUUUUAUAUAUUUUUUAAAUGUCCUUACAUGUUUACGCACAUGCAUUUGAUCAUAUUUAUUAUUUCUUUAUUUUUUUAUAGUAUGUGUGAUCAGUUCAUUUUGCAUUUGAUUGUAAAACACUUUAAACCACAGUAACCAAUGUGAAAGGUAGUUUUUAUGGUUUGAUAGUCUGACAUAUUGUUUGAAUUUUAGCUUGUGUGUUUUUGUGGUUGACAGCCAUAUUCACUGCAUGAAAUUAUCACCAUAUUGUAAAAAAACCCCCAAAAACCUGAAAACUGAACUACCAGCUAGAUAUAAUAGUUCAUUUAUAUCUACAGUAAUUAUGCAUUUAAAACAAGAUCCCUGCAAGUUCCUUGUUAUUCAUGGUACCGAUCUGAAGGGAAGAAAGUACAGCUGGCAUUAUUUUUAAUUUAUACAUUACAUUUAUUAUUGCACUUUUAUUUGUUACAUCGAAGGUACAGUUUGUUGGUGUAAGGGUUAGAACAAAAGAAAUGUUUGCAGGAAUGAGACAAGUUGUAUGAAAGUAUGUAGUUUUUUUUUUUUUGUUUUUUGUUUUUUUUAAAUAAACAUCUUUGAGGUUUGUUUUGAGGCUUGUAAUGACUAACUGUAUACAAUAUAUUAUGAAAUAACUUACAUUUUGUAACUUAAAGUGUUUAAAACAUUUAACAUGUAUCUAAACCAGUUCACCCUUUUAAGAACAUUAUUACUUUAAGCAUUUUUAUCAUAAUUACUAUUAAAAAACAAAUGAGACCUGAGCAGACGA